AUGCUGAAGAAGUAUCCCACAUAUAUCUUGGCGGUUUUCGAGACCCACGCGGGUGGUGAUAGAGCAAGUAAGAUUUGCAGAGUUGAGGAGGCCUCUGAUCAGUACAUCCAUGCCCGUAUCGUGAAUGGAGAUGAGAUAGUGCAUGUGAUUGCUAUUUAUGCAGCUCCAUCGGUGAGUAGAAGGAGUGUUUUAUGGGAUGAGUUAAAAGUGGUCAUUGGAGGUUUGGAUGGUCCGGUCUUGGUAGGAGGAGACUUUAAUACAAUUGUGAGAUUGGACGAGUGCUCUGGUGGCAAUGGCCGUCUGUCACCGGAUUCUCUGUCAUUUGGUGAAUGGAUCAAUGAUCUCUCGUUGAUUGAUAUGGGGUUUCGAGGAAACCAAUUUAUAUGGUGGCGAGGCAGAACAGAGAGAUUCUUUGUUGCUAAGAGGUUGGAUCGCAUUUUCUGCUGUGCACACGCACGUUUGCAGUGGCAGGACGCGGUUGUCACACAUCUCCCGUUUCUGUCGUCUGAUCAUGCACCGCUCUAUCUUCAACUCUCUCCGGUGCUCUCAGGCGACCCGAGAAGGCGUCCUUUCCGGUUUGAAGCGGCAUGGCUCAAGCACGCGAGCUUUCAAGAUCUUGUGAGGACCUCAUGGAAGGGGGACUUGAAUACUAAUGUGGCGUUGUGCGAGUUACGGCGGGUCCUUGUCCGGUGGAAUAAGAAAGUUUUUGGGGAAGUGUCUAAGCGGAAGGAGGCUAUUCUGAAGGAGAUUAAAGAGGUACAGGAGAUCUUGGAUUCAGGUCCGUCGGACGCAUUACUGGUUCGGGAAGAGGAGUUGAUACAAGAUCUUGACAAUGUGCUCGAGCAGGAGGAGAUGCUGUGGUUUCAGAAGUCGCGGGAGAAAUGGAUUCCACUUGGGGAUAGGAACACACGAUUCUUCCACACAUCAACGGUUAUUAGACGUCGAAGAAACCGUAUAGAGAUGUUGAAGGGAAGUGAUGUGAAUAAUAAACUGCCGGCGGAGGGCUUUGAUCACUUGACGGUGGAGGAGAAGACUUAUUUGCAGAGGGAGUUCUCAGAGUCGGAGAUUGAAUCGGCUGUGCGUGGCAUGGGGAAGUAUAAAGCUCCAGGACCGGACGGUUAUCAACCGGUGUUCUACCAGAGUUGUUGGGAUACGGUGGGACCCUCGGUGAUCCGUUUCGUGUUGGAUUUCUUUUCCACAGGCAUCCUUCCGUCUGAGACAAAUGAUGUGCUCUUGGUACUGAUUCCAAAGGUGGCUAAACCUGAGAGCAUUACGCAAUUCCGACCAAUCAGCUUGUGCAAUGUCUUGUUUAAGACUAUCACUAAGGUAAUGGUGGAGAGGUUGAAGUUGGUAAUAUCAAAGCUGAUAGGGCCGGCACAGGCGAGUUUUAUUCCUGGUCGUUUGAGCAUAGAUAAUAUAGUUCUGGUCCAGGAGGCUGUGCAUUCGAUGCGAUGCAAGAAAGGGCGUAAAGGAUGGAUGUUACUGAAGCUAGAUCUUGAGAAGGCGACAGGAUCCGAUGGGACUUUCUGGAAGACACACUCAAGGCAGCUGGACUAUCUGAUAUCUGGAUAA